AUGACUUCGUCACCGUCAAGCAAUCCGGUGGUCGCCGAAGUACGACCGGCGGAAACGUCUACAGAUCUUACAGAGACGACGGUGACUUCUCUAUCGACGGAAGCUGCGGAAGCUCCGGAGAAGAAGGUGAGGAAAGCUUACACGAUCACCAAGUCCAGAGAGAGUUGGACAGAAGGAGAGCACGAUAAGUUCCUGGAAGCUCUUCAAUUGUUUGAUCGUGACUGGAAAAAGAUUGAAGACUUUGUUGGUUCAAAGACAGUAAUUCAGAUCAGGAGCCAUGCCCAAAAAUACUUUUUAAAGGUCCAGAAAAAUGGGACUUUAGCACACGUGCCACCGCCUAGGCCUAAGCGCAAAGCUGCUCAUCCAUAUCCUCAAAAGGCAUCAAAGAAUGCUCAAAUGUCGCUUCACGUUUCCAUGGCCUUUCCUACUCAAAUUAAUAACGUGCCUGGAUAUACCUCAUGGGAUGAUGACACCUCUGCAUUGCUAAACAUAGCCGUAAGCGAGGUUAUUCUACCACAAGAUGAACUUGCUACUCUUAGUGUAGGAGAAGCUGCUAAUGAAUCGAAUGGCACAACAAGUGAGAGUAGUCCUUCAGCAUCUGGUAUAGGAAGCUCAAGCAGAGCGCCAUCAGAUUCCAAGGCUUUAAGACCUGCGAUUCAAGCUCCCUCAAUGCACGGUCUUCCUGAUUUUGCUGAAGUUUAUAACUUCAUUGGGAGUGUCUUUGAUCCUGACAGCAAAGGCCGAAUGAAAAAGCUCAAGGAAAUGGAUCCUAUAAAUUUUGAAACUGUUUUGCUAUUGAUGAGAAACCUCACAGUGAACUUGUCAAACCCCGACUUCGAACCUGCUUCUGAAUACUUUGAUGGUGCAGAGGAAGCUCACAACAACUGUCUAUCAGCUAUCAAAUGCUGCUUACGGUUGUUGUCUGAGGAGAACGUAACUGAUGAAUAA